AGCCGUGCCGCCGUCCCCGUGGGUGAGGGGGGAAACGCCGUGAGUGACACCGCUCUGUCCUUGUGCCCCGCAGCGCCCGAGUGGCCGCCCCGCAACGGCAGCGCAGGCAGAGCCUGGGGGGGCCCCCUGCAGAAUGCAGCCCCCAUCAACGGCACCGAGCCAUUGGGACCGCAGCUGGAGCCGCCCGGGGGGGGCCCGGCCACCGCCGACCCUACAGUGGGGUGCAUGGGGUGCAGCGGAGAGGGGGCCGCCAGCUCUGUGCCCCCCUCGCCCGACGCAGCCCAGGACCCCCGGCUGGGCAUUACUGGGCCCGGCGAUGGCGAUGGCGGUGCGGUGGCCCUGGGCAGCCCCGAGGAGGUCGGCAGCGGCGAGCAGCCCACCAGGGCCGGCGUUGGGCCCACGGAGGGGCUGACACCGGGUCCCCCCAGCCUUGGGCUCUCCAGCCCCGGGCCCAACCUCAGUCUUCCCGACCCCAACCUCAGCCUCCACUUUCCUGAUCCUAAUCUCGGUCUUCCUGACCCCAACCUCGGUCUCCCCAGCCCAGGGCCCACCCUUGACCGUCCCAUUCCCAACCCCAACCCCAACUUUGAUCUUCCCAACCCCAACCCCAGCCUUGGUAUUCCCACGUCCAACCUUGGUCUUUCCAACCCCAACGUCGCCCUUACCAGCCCCAGCCCAAACCCAGGCACCGAACCCAACCUUCUUCCUGUGGCCGAAGACUCGGAGGUGUCCAUGGAGCUCCCCCAGCCCUCCUCCAGCCCGGCCCCGGCGCAGAGGGCCCGCGGCCGCACGGACCGCACGUGGUUGGGUGCUCCGGAGCCCAUCAGUGCCGCCCCGGGCACAGCGGAGCCGCCUGAGAUCAUCGACGUCGACUACUACGAUGUGUUCGACGGCGGCGAAGGGCCUGGGGGCGGCCGUGGGGCGGGCGGCGCGGCGCAGAGGGAGCCGGGCGGCGUGGCGACGCCGUGGGGCCUCCACGAGCUCUACGAUGACUUCACGCCCUUCGACGAAGCCGAUUUCUACCCCACCACCUCCUUCUACGCCGAAGGGGAUGAGGAGGAGGAGGAGGAGCUGGAGGAAGACGAAGAGGAGGAGGAGGAGGAAGACGGCGGUCUGGAGGAUGAGAACGGCUACAGACCACCCGCCUCGGCUGCGCCCCGCGUCCCGCCGCCCCCCAGCCCCACGGAGGGGAGCCCCAUGGCGCGGCCGAGGCCCGGGGAGCGCGCGGUGCCGGAGAACAGCAGCGAGUGCCGGAACGGAUACGUGCGGCACAACAGCUCCUGCCGCUCCGUCUGCGACCUCGUCCCCAGCUACUGCCACAAUGGCGGCCAGUGCUACCUGGUGGAGAGCCACGGGGCCUUCUGCAGGUGCAACACACAGGACUACACGUGGCACAAGGGGACGCGCUGCGAGGCCAUCGUCACCGACUUCCAGGUGCUGUGCGUGGCCGUGGGCUCGGCCGCGCUGGUGCUGCUGCUGCUCUUCAUGCUCACGGUCUUCUUUGCCAAGAAGCUCUACCUGCUCAAGACGGAGAACAGCAAACUGCGCAAGACCAAAUACCGCACUCCGUCCGAGCUGCACAACGACAACUUCUCGCUGUCCACCAUCGCCGAGGGCUCCCACCCGAACGAUGACCCCGGCGCACCCCACAAGCUGCAGGACCCGCUGAAGUCUGGCCUGAAGGACGAGGAGCCGCUCAGCAUCCUCAGCGCCGCGCCGGAGGAGGGCAGCAAGGGCGAGCCAGGGGGCUGUGGGGUGCCCUGCCUGCACAACAACCUGGGGUAG